CAUGUCUGUGAAAAUUCUAAUUUUAUUAGGGCUAAUUGUAUUUAUUACUUAGUAAUUGGUGGCUAGAUGUACUUGUUAGUAAUUAUUUUGGAAAGAAGAAUGUUUGAUAGGAGGGUGCUUUUGGAAAAAUAAUAUUUGUAUUUAAGUGGGUUGUGAAAACAGAAUUAGUGAAUCAGAAUGCAAUUAAAUCACAGCAACUGAUGAUUGGAAUCCAAAUUGUAAGUGGAUUAAUGAAAAAUGUUAUGACAUAGAUACUUACAGCUGUGGUUAUACAUGUGAAAAUUCAACCAUCUGUGAACCUGAUAUCAAUGGAGCUUGUGAAAUAAAAUAUAUUUUAAAUAGAAAACAUUGUACAGACUUUUCAACUAAUAAUUGUAAUCAACAAUUGAGUACUUAUGAGUUUUGUGAAAAACAUGAUCAUGCAUGCACUUUGGUGACAUAUGAUACAAAAUGCAAUCAAAUUCUUACAGAAAAAGCUUGUUUAGGUUUAGGAUGCUAUUGGGAUAAUAGAAAUACCUUAUAUAAAUGUAAUUCUAAGGAUUGUUUCUAUUUUGAUAAAUAAAAUUGCUCCUGGGCUAUUAAUAGUUAGAGGAAAUUCACAUUUUGUAAUUGGAAUGAAACAAGAGCUUUUUGUUAAGAAUCAAAUAAUACAACACCAUUUACUAAUAUCUCUAGAUGCAGUAUAGAUUCCAAUUUUAUAUAUCAUUUUGAUAACAGUACUGGAAAUCAAACAUGUUAAGCAUGUGUUGAUCCAUCAGAAUUAUAUACUCAUUUAUUGAAGAUCCUAUCACUUACAAUAAUGAGUCUUUAUUGA